CCCACGCCCCUGCAGUGCACUCUCUGAGCCCUCCUUCCCCCACCUGGGUACUGGGUCUUAGGGCUGGCCACCAGCCAGAUGGGCAGGGCCACUGAGGUUUUUAUAACAUAACCCUUUAGAGAUUGGUUGUGCCAAAGGGCAGGGCCUUCUUAUACCUUCCACCACUUCUGCCCCCGGUUAGUUGUGAGGAGCAUGGGGACAGUGGUAAGAAGUGGGUCCAGGGUCCUGCUGUGGGUGCCCUGUCUGCUCCUGGCAUUCCCUGCUUCAGCCCCUGGGCCUGGGGUCACACAGCCUGAAGUGGACACCCCCCUGGGCCGUGUGCGAGGCCGGCAGGUGGCCGUGAAGGGCACAGACCGCCUGGUGAAUGUCUUCCUGGGCCUCCCGUUCGCCCAGGCACCUCUGGGGCCUGGCCGAUUCUCAGCCGCACGCCCAGCGCAGUCCUGGGAGGGUGUGCGGGAUGCCAGCAAUGCCCCUGCGAUGUGCCUGCAGGAUCUGGAGAGAAUGGACAACAGCAGAUUUGUGUUGAAUGGAAAGCACCGGCUCUUCCCCGUUUCAGAGGACUGCCUGAUCCUCAACAUCUACAGCCCCGCUGAGGCCACUGCAGGGGCCAGGCGGCCGGUGUGCACCUCCGAGGGCCCUGUCUGCACAUCCGGCUCCACCUGGCCUGUCCCCUUCCCACCCCGUUCUCAUACUGCCUCAGGGGUCCCAAGAAUACCCUGGGUUGAUGGGAGGGCAGCUGGUGUCCCAGUAGCUGGGGGUCACUGCCCCAUGGCCUCUCGGCAGGUCAUGGUGUGGAUCCAUGGAGGCGCUCUGGUGGCGGGUGCUGCCACCUCCCAAGACGGGUCAGCCCUCGCUGCCUACGGGGAUGUGGUAGUGGUCACCGUCCAGUACCGCCUGGGGUUUCUUGGCUUCCUCAGCACUGGGGAUGAGCAUGCGCCUGGCAACUGGGGCUUCCUAGAUGUGGUGGCUGCUUUGAAAUGGGUGCAGGGGAACAUCUCCCCCUUUGGAGGUGACCUCAACUCUGUCACCAUCUUAGGCGCUUCGGCUGGCGCCUGCAUCGUCUCUGCCCUGGUCCUGUCCCCGCUGGCUGCAGGGCUCUUCCACAGGGCCAUAGCUCAGAGUGGGAUCGUCACCAUGCCAACGUUAAUGGAUUCUAACCCAAGGGUCCUGGCUCAGAGCUUCGCGGACUCCCUGGGCUGCAGCUCUGCCUCUUCGGCUGAGAUGUUGCAGUGCCUUCGGCAGACGGCAAACAAAGAGCAGAUCCUUAACGUGAAGUUGAACACUACGGCUUCCUACACCGUUGAUGGCACCUUCUUUCCCAAGAGCCCCAUGGAACUCUUGAGGGACAGGCACUUCCACUCUGUGCCCUUCCUCGUGGGUGUCAACAAUCAUGAGUUUGGCUGGCUCAUCCCCAGGGGCUGGGGUUUCCUGGAUAAGAUGCAACAGAUGAGCACGGAGGAUAUAUUGGCCAUGGUGAAACCCUCCUUGGCCAGUAUGGAUGUGCCCCCUGAGGUGAUGCCCAGCAUCACAGAUGAAUACCUAGGCAGCAGUUCCGACACAGAAGCCAAACGCAACGCCUUCCAGGACAUUCUGGCUGACAUCACCAUUAUCUUACCCUCCUUGAAUUUCUCUAGAAACCUCCGAGAUUCUGGAGUCCCCAUCUUUUUCUAUGAGUUCCAGCAUCGACCCAGUUCUUUCACGAAGAUCAAGCCGGAGUGGGUGAAGGCUGACCAUGGGGCUGAGAUAGCCUUCAUGUUCGGGGGUCCUUUCCUUACGGACGAGAACUCCCUGCUGGCCUUUCCAGAAGCUACAGAGGAGGAGAAGCAGCUGAGUCUCACCAUGAUGGCUCAGUGGACCCAGUUUGCCCGGACAGGGGACCCCAAUGGUGAGGGGCUGCCUCCGUGGCCCCCCUUCAACCAGUUGGAGCAAUACUUGGAAAUCAGCCUGACACCACGAAUUGGCCAGAAGCUGAGAGAAGCCCAAAUGCAGUUCUGGGCAGAGAGGCUUCCGGCCAAGAUCGGCCAGUGGCGGCAGAUGCGAAAGGCUCAGGAGGAGCUCUGAGGGGGGUCAGAGUCCCAGCAAAGCAGCUUCUUUCUCCCGCUGCUAAGAAACUUUAACUUAAACCAAGCUGAUGUAUAGACAUGUCCCUUAAGGAACCAGCCCCUCUAUGAAUGGCAUUGUGCUCUGUUGAAAUGCCACCUGCUUCCUUCUGCAGGGGCCUUUGUACAAACUCCUCCCUCUUCCUGAAAUGCCUUUCUCCCUUGCUUCAUGGGCAGUCCCAGCUCAUUCUUCAAGCUCCCCAGGGGACCCCCCUCCUCCAAGAAACCUUCCCUGCCUUCUCUGGGCCUGAGUCUGUGUCCAUUACAGCAUAGCCCACUGCAGGCUAGCACCGU